CUGGCAGUGGCAUUGUCCAGCUCAGCUUGCAGUUCUCACUACAAGGAUAACCUGCCCUAAAACUACUGGCAUGGGGUGCUCAGGACAUUUUCUGCCCCUGCAGAUCACCCUGGCUGGUUGUGCUGGAGCAGGGCUCCUCAUCUACUUGGCAUGCCUCUGUGAACCAGUUGCAUCCCAGAGGGUUCCCCUCCGCUUGCUGGAUGGACCGCACCGCUGCGCUGGCCGAGUUGAGGUGUACUACAGCAACAGAUGGGGCACGGUGUGCGAUGACCAAUGGGACCUGGAUGAUGCCAACGUGGUGUGCCGUCAGCUGCACUGUGGCAUCGCCUUGUCCACCAGCAGACCUGGCGAGUUCAGGGCAGGGUCUGGCCCCAUCUGGCUGGACGAUGUCAACUGCACGGGGACGGAGGUGGCGCUUUCCUACUGCAGAGCGAAUGACUGGGGGAAGACCAAUUGCCACCACGGUGAAGAUGCUGGUGUGGUUUGUGCAGAGUCAGCCAGCCACCACCAGGACUCCAGAGCUGGUUCCACAGAGCUGCGCCUGGUAAACGGCCCAAACCGCUGUGCCGGGAGAGUGGAGCUGCUGUAUGGUCAUGAGUGGGGAACCGUGUGUGAUGAUGACUGGAGCUUCACAGAUGCCAAAGUCGUGUGUCGGCAGCUGGGCUGUGGGACGGCAGUCUCAGCUUAUAGCUCAGCAUACUUUGGCCAGGGAACAGGCCCCAUUUGGCUAGACAACGUUCAGUGCAGUGGGACAGAAGCUUCCCUGUCUGAAUGCCAGGCCAAGCCAUGGGGAGUCAAUAACUGUGACCACGGAGAAGAUGCUGGAGUUGUAUGUGCAGAAGGCACAGCUGUCAAAGUGCCAGCUCAGCUGCGCCUGCAGAAUGGCCCCAGCCGCUGCGCAGGAAGAGUGGAGGUGCUCCACGAGCAUCAGUGGGGGACGGUGUGUGAUGACGGCUGGAGCCUCAGCGAGGCCACGGUGGUGUGCCGACAGCUGAGCUGCGGGACGGCAGUCUCAGCUCCGGUUCUGGCUCACUUUGGGCCAGGGUCUGGCCGUGUCUGGCUGGAUAACGUGAACUGCACCGGGGCUGAAGCCGCCCUCUCCGAGUGCCAUGCCAGGCCAUGGGGAUCCAACGACUGUGACCACGGGGAGGAUGCUGGAGUGGUGUGCUCAGACACGGACACAUCGAGGCACCGUCUGCUGCGGCUGGUGAAUGGAUCGAACAGCUGCAUUGGGAGAGUUGAGGUUCUUCACGACCAGAAGUGGGGGACCGUGUGUGAUGACACGUGGGACAUAAACGAUGCUGCAGUUGUGUGCAGGGAGCUGGGCUGUGGGACGGCAAUGUCAGCACCGGGCUCAGCUCAUUUUGGGCAAGGGUCGGACCCCAUUUGGCUGGACAAUGUGCACUGCGUGGGGACAGAGUCAACCUUUGCGGAGUGUGGGCUGAAAAGCUGGGGAGAGCACAACUGUGGCCACAGUGAGGAUGCCGGUGUGGUGUGCUCAGGCACCAACCCCUUGCAGCUGCGGGUUAAGGAUGGUCCAGGUCCCUGCUCAGGGCGUGUGGAGGUGCUGUACAAUGCCACCUGGUACGGCGUCUGUGACAGUGACUGGAGCUUGCUGGAGGCGCAGGUGGUCUGCAAGCAGCUGGGCUGUGGGCCAGCACGGUCUGCACCCAUCGGAGGCCAGUUCAGCCCAGAACAUGGCCACGCUUUGCUGGAAGGGCUGAGCUGCCGCGGCUCAGAGAGUCUGCUCCUGGAGUGCCAGCAUAGGAACAUGGGUCCGGGGCAGUGCAAGCACGGCUUUGCAGCUGGAGUGGUGUGUACGGAGAUGGAAGAUCUCACCCAGGCCUGCUCAGUGCUGUCGGGUCUGCUUGGCGUGGUGGCAACACUCUGUGGGAUCCUGCUAGUCCUGUACCUAGUGAGGUGUGGAAGACAGGCUGGGCGCUCCCAUGAAAAAUCACAAGCAAAGAAGGUGGAUGAUGCCGGGACAUCAUCUGAGGCUUAGGUGGCCACACUCCUGGUAAUGAAGGCAAGGCUCCCCAGGACCCCAGAAGGCAGCAAAGACACUGUUUUGUGGAGCCAGAGCAGAGCAGCCCUCCAAGGAUCAGCAGAGACGAUCUCCUCUGGCAGAGUCCUGUCUUGUGUGCCCUAAAGCCCCCGGCCCACUGCACUGAGCUUCUGGGGGUCCUACUUCCCCCACGGUCACACACAGCACCAUAAAUCCCCCAGUUUCCAAGCCAGGUCUUCUCAGAGUGAUAACCCCUAUCUGGUCCUCCAGGUAGGCUCCAGCAUCCCAGCUCCAUCUGCUUGCACAGAUGCUUCAUUCCCGUCACUGCAAUCCUGUGCCUUCACCCAACAGCCACCCCUUGCCAUCACCCCAACAGUCAUCAUACUUUUUCCUCUAAUCUCCCAUGGAAAUGGCUUCAUGAUCCAAGAAAAAGAGAGCACAGUGCUCUACUGCACUGCACAUAGCUAACUUUGCAAAAAGAGCAAUGCACUUUGAAGUCUGUCCAGCAUGGGCUGGGAAGUACCUCGUCUGUUGUAUUUAUUCAGUAUAGUUUUGAAUACCAGUAAAGAAUCCUGAAACCUGAAA